AUGAAAGAGUGGUUGUCAGGCAUUGGGAAACCUACUUAUGCCUUGGCUCCUCUAUCUCUUCCCCAACAAAAGGGUCAACAAGGUGGCGACACGGAUAUAUUGCUCUUUCUAGAUGCUAUAAAAGAACGAUUUGGGACCAAAUCGCUUAUAUACAUAUCAUUUGGCACGUUUUUCUGGCCACCUGAACAGGAAAAGUUGACUGCCCUCAUCGAAACACUUCUUGCGAACCAGACACCUUUUAUUUUUUCUCAUUCAUCUCCUUUGGCUACAAAUCUUUCCGAUGAAUUCCUCGCAUCAAUCAAAAACAGCGGAAUUGCGAUGGAAAUGGUUUGGAGUCCACAAGAGACUAUUCUACAACACGAAGUGACAGGGUGGUUUAUCACUCACGGAGGUUGGAAUAGUAUCCAAGAGUCGUUUGAGCACAAAGUCCCAUUAAUUUUCUGGCCUAUGGGCGCUGAUCAGCCGGUCAACGCCGCUGUUCUUAGUCUGAGCCAUAAAGCAGCCUUCGAGUUGAUCGAAGUGCGUUCUGGCGAAAACGGUACAAAACCGUUAUUGCGUUUCGAGGGCACUGCCUAUCAACCUACUUUUACUGUCGAGGCAGUCAAGGCGGAGGUGGAGGGGUUGCUCGAAAAACUUAAGGGUGAAGAAGGACGGAUAGUAAGAUCGAAUUUCGAAAGAUUAGGAGAGGAAAUGUGGAGAAGCUGGGAUGAAGGAAUGCAGAGUCGAAUAGAGCUGAAUGAACUUUUGGAGAAAUUCGUGGAUUCUGUGUAA